AUGCUAUCUUACGUGCUGCCCUCACUCCUGCUCGCCGGCAGCUUCGUCGACGUGGCUCAGGCUGGCGUGGCUCAUGUUCGUCGCGAUGGCUCAUCACCUUCAUUGACAUAUGAUCCCAACACCACAUCGUACUGUACCUGGUGGGUUGACCUGACCACGGCCAAGACCUGCAGCGUCCUGCUGAGUGAGAAUGCCAUCGACUUGGUUUCCUUCCGAAGAUGGAACCCGUCCAUCACAGAAACAUGCGUCCUGCAGACGGGCCACUCGUACUGCGUUGAGGCCUUUUUUGAGCCGCCGGUUAGCACGGCCGGGCCAUCCACGACGUCCACUAUCAAAACCACGUCGACCACGACAACCCCCCCGACCACAACGUCGACCGGCAACGGAAUAUCCACGCCUCAGCCGACGCAGGCGCAGAUCGUUAGUAACUGUAACAAGUUCUACUUUGUGAAGUCCGGCGAGUCAUGCUCCACCGUGGCCAGCUCCAACGGCAUCACGCUCGCUCAGUUUCUGGAAUGGAACCCGUCCGCCGGAAGCACCUGCGCAGGACUCUGGGCCAACGCAUACGCCUGCGUCGGUAUCAUCGGCGGCGCCACGAUCACCUCAAGCCCACCCACCACCACCACCUCCACAGGCAACGGUAUCGCCACACCCACGCCCACGCAGCCCAACAUGGUAGGAAAUUGUGACAGCUUCUACUUUGUGAAGUCAGGUGACACGUGCGCCGCCAUCGCGAGCAAGUCUGGCAUCUCGGUGUCGCAGUUCGUGGACUGGAACCCCAGCGUGGGCAGCUCGUGCGGCGGGCUCUGGCUGGAUGCGUAUGUAUGCAUCUCCAUCAUUGGCCACACUCCCACCACUCCCACCCCGACCAGCCCGGGCAACGGCGUGGCGACUCCCACUCCUAUCCAGGACGGAAUGACCAAGAGCUGCAAGAAAUUCCACUACGUCGUUUCAGGUAACACCUGCACGACUAUUGCUUCGCAAUACGGCAUCACUGUCGCCCAAUUUACUUCCUGGAACCCGGCCGUCGGCUCCUCCUGUACUGGUCUCUGGCUCAACACCUAUGCCUGCGUGGCCGUGUUGUAA